UUGGGGUGUACAAACCUCCCCAAAACAACAGAGGAACCCAGGUAUCCGGUGUGUAGCGAAGGUGCUGCUCAGUCCUCCACCGCCAGGGGGCGACUCGGCGCAUGUCGCGUUCCUAGUGGACGCUCUGGGCGCGCGGCGGAAGUGUCGGUGGGCGUGGUGUGAGGGGGGCGGUGAACAUGGCGGCGGCGGCGACACCGGGUUUCGAGCACAUGGGGCUGGACGGACGGCUGCUGCGGGCGGUGGCAGAGCUGGGCUGGGCCACCCCCACGGCCAUCCAGGCUGAGGCCAUUCCCCUGGCGCUGGAAGGACGCGACAUCCUGGCCCGGGCCAGGACGGGCUCCGGGAAAACGGGGGCGUACGGGCUGCCCCUGCUGCAGCACCUGCUGCGCGUCAAGGCGGCCCCCUCAGCGGUGCCACAGGCGGUGCGGGCGCUGGUGCUGGUGCCCUCCAAGGAGCUGGGCCAGCAGGUUGUGCGCAGCCUGCGGCAGCUGGCGACGUUCUGCGCCCGCGAUGUGCGUGUCGCCGACCUCUGUGCCCACGCCGACCUCGCCGCGCAGCGGCCGGUGCUGAUGGAGAAGCCGGACGUGGUGGUGGGGACGCCGGGACGGGUGCUGGCGCACGUGGGCGCCCGCAGCCUGAGCCUGCGGCACUCGCUGGAGCUGCUGGUGCUGGACGAGGCUGAUCUGCUGCUCAACUUCGGCUGUGGGCAGGACAUCAGGGCCCUGCUGUGCCACCUCCCCAAGAUCUACCAGGCACUGCUGCUCUCAGCCACUUUCAGCCCUGAUGUGGAGGCCCUGAAGGAGCUGGUGCUGCACAACCCGGUGACGCUGUGCCCACCGGAGCCGCAGUUACCGGGGCCCACCCAGCUGCGGCAGUUCGGGGUGCGCUGCGGGACGGAGGAGGAGAAGUUCCUGCUGCUCUGCGCCCUCCUCAAACUGGGGGUGCUGCGGGGGCGUGCCCUGCUCUUUGUGGGGACCACCCCCCGCUGCUACCGCCUCAAGCUCUUCCUCGAGCAAUUCGGGGUCCCCGCCUGCGCCCUCAAUUCCGAGCUGCCCGCCCGCUCCCGGUGUCACAUCAUCACCCAGUUCAACCGUGGUGUCUAUGACUACAUCGUGGCCACUGACGAGGAGGCACCCGCGGCCCCCCCAGAGUGCCCCCCACGCAAGAAACAACGCAAGGGGACAGCCCCAAGCAAAGACAAGGACAAGGACAAGAUCAAGGGCAAGGACAAGGACUCUGAAUACGGUGUCGCACGCGGCAUCGACUUCCAGAACGUUGCUGUCGUCAUCAACUUCGACGUGCCGCUGACCGUCGAGUCCUACAUACACCGCGUGGGCAGGACGGCCCGUGCCGACAACCCCGGCACCGCGCUGACCUUCGCGCUGCCCGAGGAGGAGGAGGGGAUGGCCCGCAUUGAGGACGCGCUCGCUGGAGAGAACGGCGAGUCCAUGCUGCAGCCCUACAAGUUCCGCAUGGAAGAGAUCGAGGGGCUGCGGUACCGCUGCCGGGACGCCAUGCGCUCUGUCACCAAGCAGGCGGUGAAGGAAGCGCGUUUGCGGGAGAUCAAGGACGAGCUGCUUAACUCAGAGAAGCUCAAGGCGUAUUUUGAGGACAACCCCCGCGACCUGCACGUCCUGCGCCAUGACAAGCCCCUGCACCCCGCCAUUGUCAAGCCGCACCUCCGCAACGUCCCCGACUAUCUGGUGCCGCCGAGUCUCCGCGGCGUCGCCAAACCCGACCGCAAGAAGCGCAGGCGGGUGUUGAAUGCCGGUGCCAAGCGCCGCCGCGGUGUGACAUCCCGCGGCUCCGGCAACCCGCUGCAGAGCUUCAAGUACGCCCGUCACCGUGCCAAGCGUCCUGCUGCGCCACCCUCCUGACCCCCCAAACUGCCCGGGGGGCACCGGUGCUGCCUCGCAGCCCCCCCAAGUCACAGGGGGUGUCUCUGCGCCACCGCCGUCCCCAAUAAAGGUGUCACCGGGCUGUAGUGUA